UCAAAUGAGAAAGAAAGAAAAUCGAGUUUGUUAUUUAACAGGUGUUUUUCUUGUUCUCGUUUCUUAGCAUUUAUUUUAGUUGAUUAUGUCGUCCAGAGGAGGACCAAGAGCCGCUGGUACUGAUGGUUCAGAUUUCACACAUCGUGAACGGGUAGCUUCGCAUUACAGAGAGAGUGUAAGACAUAAACUUAAAGUCAAGGUUUGCCUUUGGAUUCAUUUGUUUUUCGUUACGUGCGUGGUAUCGUGGUAUGGACUGGCUGUGCUAAGGUUAGUUAAGGCAGCUCCACAGCCAUGGAUGUUGGUAUGGUGUAUUAGUGCCUUUGCUGCUCUUGCGGGUCUUACUGCCAUCCCCAAGAACAAAGGAACAAUGAUGUAUGUCUUUGCAUUUGGCAACCUUGUGACUGGUAUUGGACCGUUGAUGUAUGGAGCAAGUUUCAUCCUAACAGAAGUGCUCAACAAUUACUCUCAUGGAAUCAUCCCAGCAACACAGGAUUGGCGUGAGUUGCCAAUAAAAAUGUCUGUAUUAGCAUUUGUUAUUCAGCUGCAUGCUAUUAGCAUAUUCUAUGCUAAUAAGCUCAUUAGUGCCUGGGGUGCCAAAGGAGACAAGGGCUCUUAAGAAAAGAUUAACCUGACGCUCAGAUAAAUAUCCAUUGGAGAAAGGCUUUGAAAUGAACUUUGUAGAACUUUUGUAGAAUUCAAAUCCAGCUUGAGUAUUUUUGACCAAAAUAAUGUAACAAAAGAUAGCAUACAUGUAGAAUAUGAUUUCUUGGUCAAAUAAUAAAUUUCAACAAGCCAAAAACUUCAAUACUUCAAAAUUUAGACUGUGUAUAUCCCUUUUUCCUCCCAAACUCAUUUGUGUCAGGUGUCUUAAUUUCCUAUCUAGGACAUGAGGCAAGUGUGAGCAAGUCUACAUGGCUCUUUAAAUUUCAACUCACCCUCUCUCUGCACAUCCAAGAAAUGAAAAAGACCUUACUUGACAGAGUUUAGAGGAAUACAGGAACUCUUAACAGUCUAAAGAAAAUUUUGAUUUCGUUCCUAAUAAAUUUUAUUUAUUUUAUUCAUGAUGAACCACUGAUGGGCUGUUUGAGUGAUGGAGAAAUACAGUGCCAUGUCUCCUUAGAGACUAAUGUUUAUGUAUAUGACACACUCACUACAUUUAAUAUUCUAAAUACACAACUCUCUUGCUAUAAGUUGUCCACUCUUUUCCUCUCCCUGCCUAUGGAAGGAGAAUUUGACCAGCGCUAAGCACAAACAUAUCAAAAGUGAUGAAGUGGCGAGUAGUAGAUGACAUGUUUUCCUUGCAGAGAUUUAAUUUCUGUUUUGUCCCUUAGAUGUAAUUAUAAUUGAAUCACCAAUGGAAAAAAAUCCUUCAGUAAAUUUGGUUAAAAAUAUAUAUUAUAAACUCUUUUACUAUUUAUUACUAMUUUUACUAUUUACAUUAUUUACAAAUGACUGAAGUAUAAAGCCUAGUCCUCGCUAGGGACAUAACAUAAGGAGCAUAAGAGUGCACAUCCUAAAUGAGAAAUUUAGCAGCAUAAGCACAAGUACAAGAUUAAUGGAAUGUUUAGAUGCUUGUGUUAUGCUCAAGCGAGGAUCAGCCUUAAUACAUAUACUAAAAAAAACUUAUGCAAAAACUAGUAAAGUUGAAUAUACUCAAUUUGGCAUUGAUCCAAGGUCAUAACAUUUUUAGCUAACAUGAUAAAAUGUGCUGUACUUCUGACUUAUUAAACCUUAGUUGUUUGCUGUAUAAUUUAAUCAGAAUUAUUAAAUAUAUUUCAAUUCUGGACA